AUGGUUUUUGCAAUAGGACUUUGCAGCUCCUCCAUCAUUAACUGUUUCCCCCCUCUUCCUUUUAAUCUCAAAUGGCCUUGUGCUUUUCUUCGCCAGGCGUCCCCCUCGCAGGUGCGCCAGAACUACCACCAGGAUCAAGAGGCCUCCAGCAACCACCAGUUCAACCUGGAACUCUAUGCUUCCUACAUCUACCUGCCUAUGUCUUACUACUUUGACCGCGAAUAUGUGGCUUUAAAGAACUUUGUCAAAUAUUUUCUUUACCAAUCUCAUGAGAAGGGGGAAUAUGCUGAAAAACUGAUGAAGCUGCAGAUCCAAAGAGGUGGUGGAAUCUUCCUUCAGGAUAUCAAGAAACCAAACCAUGAAGACUGGGAGAAUGGGCUAAAUGCAAUGGAAUGUGCAUUACACUUGGAAAGUGUGAAUUAGUUACUACUGGAAUUGCACAAACUGGCCACUGUCAAAAACGACCCCUAUUUGUAUGACUUCAGUGAGACUCAUUACCUGAAUGGGGAGGUGAAAACCAACUUGUGCAAGAUGCCUUCUCCGCCACCCCAGUUUGGCAUAGCCCAGUACCUCUUUGACAAGCACACCCUGGGAGACAGUGAUGGGAGUUAA